GAAUGUUGUAUCUCAUUGCAUUCUCGUUGCAAAGUAGAAGUGUUGGAGUGUGGAAUAUUGAAGGUGGCGCUGUACAAACAGAACAUUUAUGCUCGAUUGGACUCUUCUUUACUUCACUGCAAACAAACGUCGCAAGAAAUAUGGUACAAAUAUGCAGCAGGCAAUCUGACGUUGUGUUUCGACGGUGGCUUGUUUGGCUGGUUCUCCUAGGCAGCUUGGUCUGCUCAACCUCAGACGCUGUCGCAUUGCAAGGCUCCUUCGUUGCAUUUACAGGUGUGAAUAUAUUGAAGGUACCCUAUCCGAGUGAUCCUGGUGAACUUCCUAUCACCCGGUAUGACCGAUCUUCCACUGCAAGUCUCACAAGCCCGGCUGCUUUGUAUGACAAUGGUCAGGCAUUGCAAAUCAGCAUACUAGAUGAGCAGUACACGGUAGUUGUUGGCUUGUUGUCCCUCGAAAUCUUCAGGAAUAUUUCAACAGGUUCACUGCUGGAGCAUGUGGAUUCAUGGUCCUACCCUGAUGGUCAUCAACCAACGCAGCUUUUGAAAUCAAUUACCAACCCCGAAAACUUCUUUCUUACAUUCCAGGAGCACCGUCCUUUGGAGUUUGCUAUUGAUAAUGGGGAAAUUCAUUCCAUGCAGUCAGCCAUCGAGGAGGCCGCUCAAACUCUCUCUACACUGUUGCCUUCAGCCGACGAUGAUAUUUAUGCAUUAGUAGUAUCCGGUAAUCAAAUUCGAUUAUUCUCCGUGUCAGAUCAAGAAUACAAAAGAACUGUUAGCCUGGCUCCCAACUGCAUGCAAAUAACCAAUCUCUACUCCCUUCCUGCAAUCCCACAAGAUAGAACAGUGACCUUUGUGGUUAAGUGUAUUUCAAGUGGAGGUCAAGUUGUCCAAUACCACGUGAUUGCGUCAUAUCGCACUAAUGACCCUCUGGUAUUCACUGCCAUUGAACUGGGGUUUCCUGUUGCAUCAAGUACUUUCCUGGCUGUACGAAACGAACGUACUCUCACUGUUUACAAUCGAAUGCACUUGACAAGCGGCGUCCCUCAAUCGCAUACUUUCGAUCAAGAAAUACAAAAGGUUGUCGUUUUCGAGGCACAAAUCAAAACAAAAUUUUUGGCCUAUACGGCUCUCAAUAAUUUAAUGCAGAUCGAUGCAUCUGAUUUUUUUUAUGCUGUGCCUGGGGCCAUUCAAUCUAUUCCGGGGACUCUACAAGAUUCCUCCAAUUCUCCUCACAUGAUCAUCGACGAUGGAUUGGUUGUCGUUGCUAGGAACAAUCAAAAAUUUGAUAUGGUGGCUCUGACAAUGGACAGUACUACCUUUGCUCUGGUAGAAGCAGCUCGAGGGGUAGGGACAAGCCAAUCUCCUAGCUUUGUAACAUUUGUACCUGAUCUAAACAGCCCUUCUGUAGUGACAGAACCUACCGAGGAUUUUUCUACCCAGCCCACUACUAAGGCCAAUACGGAUGAACCUACAGCCAAUUUAAAGUCUUGGAUUAUACCAUUGGUAUUGUUAGUUGUCGUUUUGGGUGUGGUUGUGCUUUUUGUAAUAUCAGUUAUAAUGUACAAGGGGAGGAAAUCCAUGGAAGAAGAUGCACGUGUUCAUGAAGCAACAGAUCUAGAGGGCGGAUUAUCUGCUCCUGUUCCCGACAAAAGCUAUGUCCAUCCUAUCGAGGAAAGCAACAAUCCAGUGAUAAUAUUACAGACAGCUGUUCAACAAUACCAGGUUGACUCAGCUACAAGUACCCCUCUCCAACCAAUCAAGCACGAUUCAUUAAGUGUCAACGACUCGUGCUACAACACAGACUCGGCUAGGGCAAGCCCUUGUCCUGAGCGUGGCAGUCCCAACAACUCUCAAGCUACUAGCCAAAGUGACGUCUCCAUGCCGAGGCUGGAUAGUUCUUCGUUAUUUGGUAACAGUAAUAGCCUGCACCUGUCAGACACGCAUAUAUAAAAACUGUAUUUUUAGUGCGCUGUUUGGAGGUGACAGUAAACAGUAUAUAGGGUGAACUGAACUACUAUUUAGUGUAUACUUUUUAUUAUUUAUUUUUCUAUGGAGUGUGGAAUCUGUGAAUACAUGUUGUGUGGUGAUGAAAUGUUGUUAAUUUCC